AUGGCGGUCUUAGCUAUGUGGAAGCCAGAGCGCCUAAUUUGCUACGCUAUGCAGGAACAGUAUUGUGCCUCUGGGACAGCGUCUACAUCCACAUUGACUAUCCCAAUGAUCAGCUACGGUUUUGUUAAUCAUGUGCUCAAAGAUGAAACUCACUGGCCGUUUUUCCACCAGAUGGCUCCAAAGCAAAAUUCAUAUUUCAUGGGGAUCGUCAAGAUGCUGCUGCAUUUCAGAUGGACGUGGAUCGGUCUCUUUGCUCCAGACAGUGACAAAGGAGAAAUAUUCCUGAUGACUUUGACCCCUCUGAUCAUCAGGAGUGGGAUCUGCAUUGCCUUCACAAAAAGAAUCCCAGAAUGGAAUGUGAAUGACAAUAGGAUAAACAUCAACAAAGAUUCCUUUUUCAUCCAGACAAAGUGUAAUGUGUUUGUUUACUAUGGGGACUCCCACUCCAUACAGACUCUAGGAGUGAUGAUAAAAUACGCUAGAGAAAACCAAAACUUUAUCAUGGGGAAAGUCUGGAUCACAGCAAUUUUGCACGAUUUCAGCAUGAGUUUUUUUUUUAAAAUGUUUGAUCUCCAGCACAUCCAUGGUUCUUUUUCCUUUUUGAUCCAGACAAACCAGAAGACCAAAUAUGACAAUCUGUAUUCCUUUCUCUCUACUGUCAGUAAAAUUGGAGAGGGAGCAUUUCGUUGUUCAUAUGCAAAUCAUGGGUUCUCAGUAAAGGGCUGGAUAAGAUGCAGAGAGAAAGAGGAACUGGAGCCGCCAUCCCAGGAUGAGCUUGAAAGUAUCCUGUCUCAAGACAGCUACAGCAUUUACAACUCUAUCCAGGUGGUGGCAUGUGCCUUGAAUGCUGCCUACUUAUCCAGAUCUAAUCGGAUGUCAAGUGGAAGCUGGCUGGGACUUCAGAAGUUGCAGCCAUGGCAGCUUCAUCCUUUCCUCAGAAACAUUCAGUUUUUUAAUAAUUCCAUGGAAGGAGUCACUUUUGAUGACAAUGGAGACAUGGCAGUCAACUUUGAUAUUGUGAAUUGGGCGGUGACACCAAAUCGGUCAAUCAUUAGAGUGAAUGUUGGAAGUGUAGAGAGACAAUCAACUGCAGAGAUCAAGUUCACCAUUGAUCAGGAUGCCAUUGUGUGGCCCACAUGGUUUAAUGAGACCCUGCCUCGUUCUUGGUGCACCGAAAGCUGUCGCCCUGGAUACGCCAAGGCGACUAAGGAAGGAGAGCCUCCCUGCUGCUAUGAUUGUGCUCCAUGUGCGGAAGGGACAGUCUCCACUCAGGAAGAUGAUCAGCAUCCAAACAGGAUCCGUGAUCAAUGCGUUCCCAAGUAUAUAACCUUCCUGUCCUACGAAGAACCUUUGGGAAUCAUCCUAAAUUUCUUUACUCUUUCCUUCACCCUAAUCACAAGUUUUGUUUUGGAAAUUUUCAUUCAAUACUUAGAAACUCCAAUUGUCAAAGCCAACAAUCGCAAUCUCUCCUAUGUUCUCCUUGUCUCCCUUCUGCUUUCAUUUCUCUCCGCUUUUCUCUUCAUCGGUCAGCCCCAGAAGGUGACCUGCCUUCUCCGACAAACUGCCUUCAGCAUCAUCUUCUCCAUUGCUGUCUCUUCGGUGUUGGCCAAGACUGUCACAGUGGUGGUGGCCUUCAUGGCCUCACAGCCAGGCAGCAGGAUGAGGAAAUGGAUGGGGAAGAGCAUGGCCAGCUUCAUUGUCUUUUCCUGUUCCGGUAUUCAAGUGGGCAUCUGCACUCUCUGGCUGGGCAUCUCACCCCCCUUCCCAGACUCUGACAUGCACUCCCAGUCUGGAAAGAUCGUCCUGCAAUGUAACGAAGGGUCUGUCGCCAUGUUUUAUGCUGCCCUCAGCUACAUGGGCUUCCUUGCCGCCAUCUCCUUCACGGUGGCUUUCCUAGCCAGGAAGCUGCCUGGGGCGUUCAAUGAAGCCAAGCUGAUCACCUUCAGCAUGUUGGUGUUCUGCAGUGUUUGGGUGUCCUUUGUGCCCACCUACCUCAGCACCAAGGGGAAAUACAUGGUGGCUGUGCAGGUCUUCUCCAUCUUGGCCUCUGGUUCGGGCUUACUGGGCUGCAUCUUUCUUCCCAAAUGCUACAUUAUCAUACUGAGGCCUCAUUUGAAUACAAAGGAACAACUAAUGAUGAAACGUAAAGAGGGCAUCUGCUUUUGA